GUGCGCGUGCGCGGUGAGCGACGGCAGUCUGCGCGGCUGGAAUGCAGCGCCCGCCAUGAGGCGUGCGGAGUCCCCACGUCGGACGCGGUAGUUCCCAGCUCUAGUGCUUUUGGGGAAACGGGAGUCGCGGGCGGAGGUUUUGGUUUCUGCUGGCACGCACGUAACCAGGAAACGAGGGAGCUACGAGGCGCUCCGUGGCAAUACCACCUUUGGAAGCUACCACGCGUGGGGCUGACGCCUUGGCCGCAGCCUCCAAUUCUUUAGCUGCACGUUCAGAGUUGCCCGAGGCUUCGCUCUGUCCCCUGGGCCCUGGACACUUGGGGAAGAAAGCGGGAUCUGGGGGUUUGGGGAGUGCCCAUCAUGGCAUCAUCUUAAUCUCUCUGAGGCAUCAAUUGCACUGUUGGCCCAUGGCUGCAGCAGGUUAAUCUUGAAGACUUGGAUGCACCAAUCAGGAACCUUUAUGGGAAGCUCAUUCCUGAUUGGUGAAGGGCUGCUGUAACAGUAGAGUUCCAAGGAGUAAACAAAAAGCAUAGCAACAACUGAGUUUGCUGCCUCACUCCCCUCGGCCUAGGCCAACCUGGACUCCUUCAUCCUAAAUGUGGCGGCCUCUACAUUUUAUAUGAAGACUCUGAUUUUCCUUUCAACUGUGAUCCACCUUAUAACAUGGCAAUCCAAUACAGACGGGAAGAUAAAACCAAACAGCACAGCUAAAAUAAAGUGUAUUCCCAGAAUACCCACUGUGGAAACAGGAUGAAGUUGACCAGUGAAAAGUUGCCCAAGAACCCCUUUUAUCUCUCUCUGUCCCCCUAUGCUGCUAAGAACCCAAAACUCUUCCAGUGGAGAAAGGAGAAGACUGAUCAUUACAACCAUGCUAAUUUGGUGGAUAAGGCAUUGCAGCUCUUGAAGGAAAGAAUAAGGAGAGGGGAUACUCUGGCGUAUUUCCUACGAGGUCAACUAUAUUUUGAAGAGGGAUGGUAUGAAGAAGCAUUAGAACAGUUUGAAGAAAUCAAGGAAAAGGAUCAUCAGGCAACUUACCAGCUAGGAGUCAUGUAUUAUGAUGGCCUGGGGACAACCACAGAUGCUGAAAAGGGAGUGGAAUAUAUGAAGAAAAUUGUCGAUUCUCCAUGUCCCAAAGCAAGACACUUACAGUUUGCAGCAGCUUACAACCUGGGAAGAGCUUAUUAUGAAGGAAAAGGCGUUAAACGAUCAGAUGAGGAAGCUGAAAGAUUGUGGCUUUUUGCUGCCGAUAAUGGAAAUCCAAAAGCUAGUGUGAAGGCUCAAAGUAUCCUAGGAUUGUAUUAUUCAACAAAGGAACCCAAAGAGUUAGAGAAGGCAUUUUAUUGGCACUCAGAAGCUUGUGGCAAUGGAAACCUGGAGUCCCAGGGUGCGCUUGGGCUCAUGUACUUUUACGGACAAGGCAUCCGUCAGGACACGGAGGCUGCCCUGCAUUGCUUGAGGGAAGCAGCGGAGCGUGGAAAUGUCUAUGCUCAAGGGAACCUCGUGGAGUAUUACUACAAGAUGAAGUUCUUCACAAAGUGUGUUGCAUUUUCCAAAAGGAUUGCUGACUACGAUGAGGUUCACGACAUCCCCAUGAUAGCCCAGCUCACGGACUGUCUGCCAGAAUUCAUCAGCAAAGGCAUGGCCAUGGCAUCUUUCUACCAUGCCCGGUGUCUGCAGCUUGGCCUGGGCAUCACCAAAGAUGAAGCAACAGCUAAACACUACUAUUCUAAAGCUUGUCGUCUGAAUCCUGCAUUGGCAGAUGAACUUCACACUUUACUAAUUCGUCAAAGAAUUUAGACCUCAAUGCAUUUCAACAAAGAUCAUCAAGUCUAACACCUUGGAACGAUCAGAAGGCAAGCCUUACCUGGAAUGUUUUCGAGCAGCUUCUGCCGGGCUCUCUGUUUUGUUUCCUGGCUUUGUUCUUUGCUUCGGAUUGUGGUCGGUGGUGCCAAUUUCCCAUUGGGCCAAAAAGCAUCCCGGAAAAGGCUGAUGUAGUAAACCAACAUCUGCUCACUGAAAAUCCAAUUCACUGUGUCCCGGAUUUGUCUUUUAAGAGAAAAAUGGUUCUUGGAUGAGGUUUUCAAAAAUUGUAUUCUCUAUUCUCAAAAGGCAUUUAUCAGUGGGUAGGUUAAGAUACAGCCCCAUCUAAGCGUUUGAUGAAUAAACUAGGAAUUGGAUUUUUAAACUCUGGCUCUGAAAGUUACUUUUCAUUUCGGUAACCCUGAUGACCAUUCCUGGAGCUGCCAUUUUCACUGGCACUGAUUUCUCUACAUGUUUGCCUCAUGAUAUCAUUCAACCUGGAAGGACAAGAACUGGGAAUAGACUCACCAAUUUGUUUAAAGCUUCAAGCUACUCUGUGCAUAGUACUUAACGUACUAAUUUCUCCAUGAAGUGGUAUAAACUGAAAACAUUAAGCCACAUAAAGAGUGUGAAAAGUGGUCUGGAAAACCUUGAGUCCGGCAGUCCUGGGGAUUCAGAACCAGGCCUUUCCUCCAGCUGGCCCUCGGGACUGCUGUGGCAGAAGACAGUGGGCAGAGGUCCCAGGGCAAAGGAGAAAAGAUACCCCCUGUCACCACAAAGGAGGGACUGUGGAAAGACACACUGCUGUCCAGCCACUUCAGCUUCACACAUGAAUGGAACCUGGGAGACCUUGACCUACAGCUAUAGAUGAGGUGGUUAGUCAAGUCUCCCCCCCGACUUCACCUGUCAGAUUCCAGCCAACCACCCGACUGGGGCUGUCAAGAGACAAACUGUUCAGAGCCAAGUGGUGGUGGAACUGGGAGGGGGUCCCUCUGUAGAAAGGGGGAAGAGUCAUUUUAGACCCGUAGUGCCAAGAAAACCUGACGUUUCUAACUUUAGGAAUAAUAAGUCAAAAACCCUUUAAGCAUCUGGACUUCCUAGCCAGAUGUUUAAAGGGACUCUGUGAGGUUUUCAGGAAUAGUAUCUGAAAUAUAUGUUUCAAGCCCAGCACUCUGCAUACAGGAGUCUAGUCAGCGAUGAAGUCUACACUCUACUAGGAGUCAAAACCACAGUAAUCCUGCUGGUAACUGCACGUCUCUUCAGACACUUCCCUUUACUGCUAAGAACCGUGCAAUUCCUAUCUAGACCAAAUAUAAUAAUUUUAUUAAUUCAGGGGGCUUCAACUUUAAGAGAACCUGUUUGACCUGCCUGCCUAGGUGAAAUCUACAUAAAGUCUACACAGACAGCUACUUUGGGUUUGGGUUACUCACUGACACCUCAUAAAGAAAUGAAGAUCGAGAAUCUCAAUUUGCAACUUGAAAUUUGGUGAGUGACUCUUACCAAAGGCCAUCACCUAAGUGUUUCUAUCACUUUAGGCCUGACAUUGUGUUAGCCAAAACCACGGGAAGCUUCUGAAGUAAUUCUAAGAUGUGAAAUUACCGUUGGUUCAUGGCAAGAGGUACAUAUCGUACUGCUGCUUAAUUUGAUGGUGUGUCAUCAUCUGCCUGAGGCAAAAAUAGCAAAGGGCCAGGUGCUAGUAAUUUCUCUACCUGAGAAAAAGCCCACUGAAACCAAGAGCCUGAAAAUUCUCUCCAUGAUGCCCCACCCCCAGCCCCAUGAAAAUAACUGCCAGCUGUAUUCACCACUUUCAAACCACAGCUGCUCAUUUUAAAAUUAAGAGCCCACAUCAUAAAUAGGAGCAAGGAAUGCAUGCAUGAUUUGCUGAAACUGAAAAAUAAAUUAGCAGGUCUAGAGUUCUGAGAAAAAUAGGGCCAUAUGGGAAAUUUCUUUAUCCAAGGCAUGUCAGUAUUAAGGUUAAGAGGUCUGCCUAAGACUGAAGCUGUUAAACAGGACAAUUUUCUGCUUAAAACAAAAGACUACAAUACUAAGUCAACUAAACAAGCCACUAACAUUUUUUUUUAAUCUUAGAAGUAAAGUAAACUUUGGUUUACGAUCACAAGGAAAAUAUGUUCUAUUUGCAAAUGAAAAAAAAUAUAGCAAAAAUCUGUUUCCCAUAAAAAUGUAUAAGAUUUAUAUGAUAAAACUAUGUUGACCUUACUCAUAUAUUUGACAACUAAAUUCUCCACUUGGAAAAAUCUGGUAAUUUCAUCUUAAAAUAUUUUGCUAUACAAAAAAAUUUUGAUUUUUCCCCCCCUUUUAGCAACUGACUCACAUUUUUGUUUGUGGGAAAGUCAUAAUUGUUUAUAAAGAGUACUGGGCACAAAGUAUAACUUUUCUGUGUAUGGAUAAUGUGAUAUAGCUUAGAAUACACUUAUGGCUUAUAGUACUGUUACAUGAUACACACACCCCUCAUGGCUACUCAGAUAUUAACAAGAGGAAACACUAUUGUAAUGUCAUCUAAAAAAUAUAUGGUUUGCGUUUCCCGCCCAAUAAAUACCUGCCAUGCAGUACUCACCCUACUUUCAUCAGCGUCUAAGCCUUAAACGGAUCCUUAUCAUGUGACAUAAAAACACUGUACCCAACAUACUCAAACGAGUCAUCAUGUCAAAAGAGAACUUUAUAGAACAAUUUCCUGGCCCUCGUCAUCCAGCCUGCCAGAGCCAGCUCAAGCGCUGGCCUCUAGAGCACCGUGCAUUCUGUGGGAGAAGUUCUUGCAGAAACCUCCUUCCCUAUCUGAUCACAGAAUCCUAUCAUAAACAGAAAGUGAGAGACACUAAAAUACCUUCCAUUGGGGAGGGAGCUGGACUAUUAGAGGCAAAAGGGCAGGACAUGAAUUCAAAUAUUAAUUUUGUGCAACUCACUUGUUGAUGGUUCUUCCAAAAGUGACCUGAACGAGAGCAAUUAAUGUUCUUCUCACCCAUUUAAACACUAAAAUAUAAAUCAGAGGAAAAGCAUUAUCACAGGCUGUCACAAUCGUGACAUUUUCAUAGUGGCACAAAGCAAAAAUCUCACAUCACUCAAUCUGAGGCCUGACACUAAGUCAGGGGUUAUGAGAUCCGCAGAGUUUGGGUCUAGGUUAGCACACUUUCGCCCAGGGAAAUUCUAAUGACUGAGCUUUCAUUUUCUACUUAGCAAGUGAUGAAAUGAAACCUGAGACUUUUUACAGCUUCUCAAUGACUGAAACAACAGCUGAGCUAGCAAGUGGCAAUAAAACUUCACGUGUCUGGGCUAU